UAGUCACACGACACCCCCCAACUCCGUAAUGCCGCUGGAAGAGGGAUGUUUCUUAGGGUUCGCACUUCGCUCAAAUCGCUGAAAUUUUCUUCACCACCGUAUUGUUCUUCGGUGAAAUCUCUGCAGCGGUUUAUAAUUUUCUCAUCUUUAGGAAACGCUCAAGCUGAUGCGUUGAAUUUAUUGCCUCCAACCUUGUCUCUCCUAUGUCGGGCUCCUGCAAGAAUUGCAGCGGCAGGUCGCUCUUCCGCGACGAUGUUUCCGGCAAUCUGAUUUGCUCCUCCUGCGGUAUUGUUCAGGAAUUUGACAACUAUGAUGCCCAGCUUGGCGGUCUCAAUGGUCCGCAGGGCACAUUCGUCCGCGUUGGAACCUCAGGUUCGGGCAGUGUUUUGAAUUAUAAGGAUAAGAAAAUCUAUGAGGCUCAAAACAUUAUUGAAGAUAUUACGUUUAGGUUAGGGUUUUCUGCUUCCAAAUCUAACGAUGUUAGGAUUUUAGUAUCGACGAUUACAGAGGGUGAGUAUGGACAAGGCGAUUGGUUCUCAAUUCUCGUUGGUGCCUGUUCUUACGUUUCUAUGCGCAAGGAUAAUCGUCCAUUGCCAAUGUCGGAGGUUGCAUCGACCAUUGAGUGUGAUCUUCAUGAACUUGGCAGAAUGGUUCUCAGAGUUGUCGAUUUUUUGGAUUUGAAAGGGCCUGCGUUUCCCGGUUUUGAUAUUGUGGGGUCAUUGGAGCGGGCGGCAAGGAAUUCACCGUCUUUCUCAAAAGUAGAAGCGGAUACACUGGACGUAAUAGUUAAGCAAGGAAUCUUUUUGUUACAGUGUGCUAUGAAAUGGUUUCUGACGACUGGGCGGCAACCACUACCCAUGGUGGCUGCUGUGUUGGUUCUGGUGUCAGGACUGAAUGAGGUUAAUGUUAGUAUCGAUGAUGUAGCCAUGGAGGUUCAUGCCAAGGUUUCUACAUGUAAGAAGAGGUACAGAGAACUUUUGGGGGCACUUGUAGAAGUUGGCAAAAAGUUGCCUUGGGGAAAAGAUAUCACCAAAAGGAAUAUUGUGAAGAAUGCUCCUUUCGUGAUCCAAUAUAUGGAGUUGAAAUCAAUGUCAAAUACCUGUGGUCGGGGGAAGAAUUUCGAGGAUGUAGGGAUCGAUUUGCAGGCUGCAGUGAGUGAGUGUUUAAGAAAAGAGCUACAGUAUGAAAGUGAGGUCAAUAAUUUAGAAGAUGAUUCUCAGUAUUUUGAGUUAAUAGGCAAUAGUUGGCGUGAUGAAUCGAGUUGUGAUGAUCGAAACAAACUCAACAUUUCCCAUGAAUGUUUAUCCUUGAUUUAUACUAAGUUUUUGGAUGAAAUGGCUCAUCUCAGGUCAUCGGGCGGGAUUAAUGAAAUCUAUGGAAGAAAGCUGGGAAGAAAAGCUGGUUUUCAGUCAAGUACGGAGUGGUGGGAGGGAAAAUCACAAUUAAGCAAAAAGCUUCUACUGCAUCAAUUAUUGGAGACUGAUGUAGGAUUGAAUGGUAUGCCGCCUUCAUUUGUAACUAGUUGCAAUGCAUACAAAAGGAGGAAGGAGAAAAUAAACGCUGCUAAGAAUCGAAUCCAGAGGAUCAUGCUUCCUUCAAACACUGCGAUUGGCAAUGUAAAUGCCGAGAAGGAAAGAAAGCGUAAGAGAGCUAUCGGUAUCGAAUGGGAAGAUAUAAUAAUCGAAACCCUUCUUCUUCAUGAUGUGAAAGAGGAGGAAAUUGAGAAGGGUCAUUACAAUGCAUUGCUGGACUUGCAUGUAUUCAGUUCUUGGAGGUCUUAGAGCUUUCCGCAUGUAUACAAUGUUCAAAAUGUAUAGACAGGAGAGGGAAACGAAGUGUACAGUAUCCAGCACGAAUCGUAUUCUAAAACUUUGUCCAUUAACAGCAAGAGGAGUUGUUUCUCGUUUGAUUUGUUGAUUGAUGAAGUUUUGAGGUAUAUAUAUCUAUGAAUGCAAACUAUGUAGCCAUUGCUUGGAAUUCUGGUUGGCAAUUCAGAUGAUGUGUUCGGGAAACUACAUUACAAUGACGUGUACGACGAGUAGCGCUUUGCUUUCGGGGAUUCAGAAGAAUACCCUUCUCCCUUCUUCAUUAUCUGGGGGGAAAGGAACCGUCUCGUCCUUUCUCGAAAGUAGUCUCUGCCUCAAUGGAUCUCCAACAACUCAACCUCAACUCCUGAAUGGUGGCUUAAGGAAGCAAGAAGGCUCGCGGAACACAA